AUGGCAAGCAAGCUAAGAGGCAAGUCUUUGAGCCUCGUCAUCGGUCUCAUUGGUGCCGUUGGUUUCGUACUCCAGGGCUACGAUCAGGCAGUUUGCAAUGGGCUGUUGACGCUUGGUUCAUUCAUUGCUGUAUUCCCUCAGAUCGACACUGUCCAUACUACGGGAAGUCAAAAUUCACACAACUCUACUAUUCAAGGCACCACGGUCGCAAUCUAUGAAGUUGGAUGUGCACUGGGCGCCGGUUCCUGUGCCUUUCUGGGCGACAGGCUCGGUCGCCGCAAGACCAUCUUUCUGGCUGGUUGCAUCGCUAUAGUCGGUAUAAUUAUCCAGUCAACUCCGUUCUCACUCGGUCAGCUCAUUGCUGGUAGAGUUAUUACUGGCCUCGGAGUAGGCGGAUUCACAGCUACCAUCCCAAUGUAUGUCUCCGAAUCAUCUGUCGCAGAAGCCCGUGGUAGGAUGGUCUUGCUUGAAGGAUGGUUCGCAAUCGGUGGUAUUGUCCUCGCAACAUGGCUAGAAUUCGGACUCUACUAUGUGAGCGACAACUCUGUCAGCUGGCGUUUCCCCAUCGCCUUCCAGGGUCUGUUUGCUAUCAUAGUCGUGGCAUGCAUCCUGCUUCUACCAGAGUCCCCACGCUGGCUUGCGCGCGCUGGAAGAAUGGACGAGGCAGCUGAAGUGCUAGCCCGCAUGGAAGACGUCUCGGUUGAUUCCGAACAUGUCUUGCAAGAGUUGGAGAUUAUCCGGCAGUCGCUUGUUAUGGAUGAGAAUAACGAGUCAACGGGCUCCUCCUCGCCGUUCGCACUUACGGAAAAUGGCCAUCUACACAGGACGGUUAUUGCUGUGGGUGUGAACAUCCUGGCGCAGAUGACCGGUGUCAACAUCAUUACUUUCUACUCCGAUACUAUUUUCGAGAAUGAUUUGGGAUAUUCGGGCACCAUCGCUCGAAUUAUCACCGGGUGUCUCCAGAUCUGGCAGUUCGUGGCGGCUGGUCUGGCCGUCCUACUCAUUGACCGAGUUGGACGUCGUCCACUGUUUAUCGCAGCCGCAGCCGGUAUGACAGUUGCCCAGGCCUGUCUGGCCGGACUAUCAAGCGAUCUGAGCAACCACGCCGCUGCGAGUGCAUCCCUCCUAUUCUACUUUAUUGCAUUAUUCUGCUUCCCCAUUGGACUAUUCCUUGUCCCAUUCAUGUACGCUGCUGAGAUUGCACCUCUACGCACCCGUGCUAAGGUCACAGCUAUGUCGGCUGCUGCAAACUGGCUGUUCAAUUUUGUCCUUGCGGAAGUGAGUCCUGUUGGAUUUGCCACUAUUCAUUGGCGGUACUAUAUUAUUUAUGCAUGCAUCAGUGCUUUCGCUUGUGUCAGCUUCUAUCUCUUCUGCCCUGAGACUAAGGGACGCACAUUAGAAGAGAUUGACGAGAUCUUUGUCCAGUCGAAGUCUAUCUUCGAUACUGUGAGAAUUGCACAGGAGAUGCCCUUCCAGUCGGAGUUGUUGGCUUAUCCUGAUGACACUGGGAAGGGUGGUGUUGGGGAUGCACAGAUUGAGCGAGCAUGA